GACUUUGACGCAGGCGCUCGAGCUUCCCCGAAAGUAAAAGCACACGGCAACAGCGGCAACAUGGCUCCCAAAGUUCAACUUGCAGCGGGGCUCUUCUUCCUCCUGCUCUCCUGUCUGGUCCAGCCGGCUGAGGCUUACGACUUCGGGGACGCGCUGGCCCUGCUGCUGGGGACCAUCCUCUCCGUGGUGGGUUUGUGCGCCUUCCUCGGCUGGUACGCGCGAAGGCGGAACGGGCAGCUGUGACGAGCCUCCUUUCUCCCGUCCCGUUUUCACCACCCACCGCGUCAACACUACUUCGUGUGAGCUUCCAUCGACCUCCUGGCGCAACCAAAAUGUCGAAAGAAACGUGCCUUAUUGGAAUUAAAGCUGCAGAUUGAUUGGGAACGGCGUGGAGCUCCAAUGAAGGUGGAGGGGAGACAACCAGGAAGUCCUGAAGAAAACAGGAACUGCUUCUGAGAUUGAGAACCAAAGACUGUUUACCGUCAUUAUGAGCGUACUGGCAGCUCGAUUCUCCUUUAAAGACGCCUGUACUGCAUAUUGCGCAUAUUUGACCAUGCUUGAAGUGAUCACUGUGGUUUCCUGAUGUGGCUGUAUGCCUCCAGUAUGCAACAGAGCAUUUAGCAUUGUUUGAAGCACAAAUAUCACCAGAGUGGGGUUACUUCCGGUCUGUGCUAUUUCAAUAUGUUGCUGUAGCCGUGUGAGGAAUAAACAGAUUCAUGUGACGACUAAUCUGCUGUAUGAAUACAUUUCCCUGCUCUUUUUUUUUUAUAAAAUGAAAAUGUGGAAACUGAUUUUUUUUAGCAGUAUAUUAAGAGUUUAACUGCAAAUCAGAGUGUAAAUUCUUCAAUAUUCAAACCAUCCUCAGUAUAUUGUUUAUUUUCAUCAAUUUUGAAACUUAAUUAUUCACUUAUAAUGCCUAAUAUGUGUUGGUGGAUGUUCAAAAAGAGCUAAAGUUGAGAUUAAUUUCAAUGUUAAUCAACCAUGUGGCUCAAAAUGCAAGAAAAAAAAAUAGCACUUCCUCAAACUGUAAAACUGACAUGUAAAAAAAAAAUCUGACUUGAACAGACUCCUGAACCCAAAGAAGAGCAAAAAAGACAAAGAAAUGCAGCAAAUACUCACAUUUAACAAACUGGAGGAAGUAAAGUGGGAUUUUGCCACAAAAAAAGACACAAACUGUGCUUGUUUAUGAGGGAAAAAUGCAUUUUUUUAAUUGAUCAUGAAGCCAAUUAAUGUUUUAGCAAUUAAUGUUCAUUAUAUUAUUUAACAGAUUAUUUUUGGCAUUUAUUCAUUAUUUUCUCUAUAAUUGAUGAUCAAAAUAGGAUGUUACCAAAAUAAGAGCUUCUUGUUAAGAUUUGCUUUAAUUCAGCCUUGAUUUAGUGGCAGUUUUGUUGGAAUAACUACUCUGAGGCAAGAAAUGUUUGAACUUUGCUCAUAACCCACUUUUAGCAUAUGUGAAUGUCUCUAGUGCACAUUUCAUCAUGACUCUCGGCCUUCAGCUUUCUUUUAUAAAAAAAUAAAAUCCAUGCACAAUC